AUGCCACGGUCAAGCCGACUCAAGCGAUGGACCAACGGUUUCAGUCAUCGCACCGGGCCAAGCUAUACGUACAGAACCGAGCUAGAACCGGCCAUGUUGUUGUUCGGGGUCAUCCUUGCGGACACAUGGCUGUACUACCCGUGUAAUGUCCGUGUAUUGCGGAAGUUGCCGGACGAGGAGCUUGGAGCGAGCAAUAAUUACACAGUAGUUGUCUCAAGAUGUUCAGGGGCAGGGUGUGCGGAAGGUGCCGACUCUCCGAGGAAAGGGACGGGGAAAGAGGAGACACCAUUUGCUUCUCCAAGCAAGCAGGUGGUUGGUGGCACAUCUCAAGAUGGAAGAACUAGUGGACUGCCAUGUUUCAUCUGCGCUGGUAAAUCUUCUUUGCAAACCGUGGCCAAAGAAACUGCGGAUGUAAACUGGCCCAAGGCAGGUUCUGCCAAUGGCUUCAAGGCGUGA